AUGCAGAACCUGUCACUAGUGGAAAGUCUUACUAAUACAGACACAUCACACUGGACGUCUCUAAAAGACGUAGCAGUGGAAGUAGGUGGUGUGUCGCUCAGUGAGAGUGAGUGUAACUCGAACGAAAGGACAAAUAGUGAAGGAACCAUCAAUCUGGAAGUGCAGCAAAGCCUCCCUGCAGCGAAUAGCCAAGGGAGAAGUUGUGAGGGGUUUUCUGAGAGCAGUUACAGCACCUCAGAACCCAGCGGCUGCUGGGGUGAUUUUGAAGGCUUCAAGGAGUCCUUAGACAGGUCAGAGACAUUCAGUCAUAAUCUUGAAGUUUUGGCGAAGUCAACAAAAACUUCCAGACUUGAUUCGGACUUAAGCAGGGGACAUUGCAGCACUUCUGCUGGUCGCUUUUCUGAGCUACCUCUACACAGUGGGGAACGGGAGGCUUCGAGCUCUCUGAAUGAGGCAAACCGCAGCUAUGAGGAUAUAUUUAAGUUGGGCUUUCCAGAAGUCUUUGUAUCACAGUCCAGAGAGAGCAUAAGAAGCUUAGAUCAAGUACUUGAUACAAAUAAUGAAGAUAUUGGGAUUCCUGAACUUAUGAAGAAUCAGCACUGCAUUGAUUCUGGAAACAUAUGGAGAACACUUAGAGACUUUGAUAAUACCCCCAGCUUAAGACAUCCCUGGAGUAAAUCUCAUUGCCAAGAAAACCUCUUGAGUGUUCUUGGAAUAGAUGCAAACCAAAAGGACUUUUCAGAGAGCCAGGAUGACAUUUUUGAGGAAUCAAAUGUUAAAGAUAAUGAGGACUUCAGAUUUGAUGGAUUCAGUAUUAAUGACUGCAAAGAAGUGAUCCAGACCAAGCUUUCUGUAUCACCAGAUCCCAGACAUGGUCGUCUUUUCACCUGUAACCUCUUUUUGAAAACCACAUUGUCAAAUGGAAAUAUGCAAUAUAUAACAAUCCCAAGGAAGAAGCACAUUUUUGCUACACACAACCUAAAACCGAAAUUUUUCAGUAGUGAUGUUUGUUGA